GCAACAAGGCCGGCGAUGAGCAUGUCGAGGGAUCCGUUGGUGGUCGGGAGCAUUGUCGGCGACAUCGUGGACUACUUCGCCGCAUCGGCACUGCUCCGGGUGCUCUACGGGGGUCGUGAGAUGACCUGCGGGUCGGAGCUGCGGCCGUCGCAGGUUGCCAACGAGCCGACGGUGCACAUCACCGGCGGCCGCGACGGGAGGGCACUCUACACACUCGUUAUGGUGGACCCUGAUGCGCCUAGCCCAAGCAACCCUUCCAAACGGGAGUACCUCCAUUGGUUGGUAACAGACAUACCAGAAGGGGCUGAUGCCAAUCAUGGAAAUGAGGUCGUGGCGUACGAGAGCCCGCAGCCAUCGGCAGGGAUUCACCGGUUCGUGUUCAUCGUGUUCCGGCAGGCGGUGCGGCAGGCGAUCUACGCGCCGGGCUGGCGCGCCAACUUCAACACAAGGGACUUCGCCGCGUGCUACAGUCUCGGCGCGCCGAUCGCCGCCGCCUACUUCAACUGCCAGAGGGAGGGCGGCUGCGGUGGCCGGAGGUACAGGUGAAGCAAGCAGUUCGGUGAUCCAAGGCCAAGGCAACCAUCAUUAGUCCACGUUAUUAAUUUGACAGUGUAACUUAGCCAAACAUUCAAGGAAAGGAAAUCAAAUUAAGGGGCACAACAUAUGGAGUGUAUAUAUAUGUAUAGGCUCCAUAUGUAUAUCUGAAAUUCUA